AUGGAUCCAACAGAAGCUCUGUUGGUUGAAGUCCACAACUUACAAGAAGAGCUUUCCUUUUUACGUAAAAAAGUGGAGACAGUUCAGUUAGAUAACUACGAUGCAAGACUCACAACAAUUCAAAUAGAGAUGUCAAAAAAGACUAAAGAUUAUGAAGAACUUGAAGCCAAAUUUGUACAAGCAUUAAAUAGACAAAGUGUAUUGGCACAAGAGAAAUUGUUAUUUGAAUCAAAAGAACAGAAUUUAAUAGUUGAAUAUAAGACCAAAUUACAAGACUUACAAAACUAUUGCGAUCAUUUGAAACACAAGCGUAAUAAGAAACACUCCAAAGAAAAGAAAUCCCUUUUUCAAAAAGUACUUGAUGUCACAGAAGGGCCAAAAAACAAAGUUGAGAAAGUAGAGAAGCAUGUUGAAAAGGUGAAAGAGAAGAACGAGAAGUUCGAAAAGACGACAAAAGUGCCACUUGUAGUUCCUAAAAAUGUCACUCCACCUGUAUCACAAAAUGAAAGCAUUAAACAAAGUGAUCAAAUCAAAUCAGAAACACCAAACUUGGCAAGCACAAACCCUUUUGCUGAUUUAACAGUGGAACCCCAAAUUAAACAAAAUCAAGAAUUGCCGGCAGUUCUACAAACAGACCUGAAAAAGUCCGAAACAAAACAAGAUGGUAUUGGACCGAAUUUGGCAAGUACAAAUCCAUUUGCUGAUACAAAUGGUUUCACUCAAGUUGAACCCUUAAAAGAGCAGUUACCAAAACUAGACGUUGCACCUCAAUAUUCCUUAAACCCCUUUAGUGAUACACAAAAUUUGCCUCAAACAACAGAAAGUGGUGUGGAUAUACAGAAAGAAAUUAAACAUGCUCGCCAAAGCGAAACACCAAAUAUGAACUCGACAAACCCUUUUGCAGAUGUUACAGUUGCCCAGGAUAAAAGCGCUCCUAAAUUUGAAAACCUGGAAAACACAAACCCAUUCGCAGAGCCAAAUAUUAGUAGCAGCACUCCAAUCGAUUCUUCGCAUCAGAAGAAGGAGUCGAAAGACUCCGUUGUUACCACAAACUUGGUAACGGAUCAAAGUCUUGUUUCAAAAUCAACACCACUGACUCCAAUAGAGAAAGUUGGCACUCCAAAGAAGUCGCGCACCCCAGACAAAAGUCCGAGUAAAUUAUUGAAAGCAAAAAAGAGUGUUGUUGUGUUGAAAGAGACAACACUUGUGAAGUCGGAGAUCAUUGGUCCAAGUCAAAAUGAGAUUGUCGAGCAAAUGCCCGUCCUUAAAAGUUUUCCAGUAGAGAAGCCCCAAGUUGUUAUUCACAACGAGUUUGAAGAUUUUCAAGUUAGUUCCUCAUCGUCGUCUUCUUCUUCGUCAUCGGACAGUGAAGACACUCCAACCUUCAACAUUGAAAAGUUGAGUUCAGACAACAUAGAGUUGAAGAAGGAGACUGUGGAGUUAAAGAAAAAGAUAGAAGAGUGUGAGAAGAAGUACUUGGAUUAUUCCAAUGUGAUGUCCAAAGCACUUGAUGACAAGACAUUGAUCGUUCAAACCCUUCAGAGUCGCAUAUUCGAGUUAGAGAACGAAAAAAAGGCAUUAGAAUUCAAGCAUCAUCAGCUUGAAAAUAGGAUCGAAGAGUACACAAAGAGCACAUCCGACGAAGUGGAAGACAACAACAUGUAUCUUCUCGUCAAUGGCAUCUGUGUGUCGCUUAAAUUAGCAAAUCCCGACUUCGAAGACACGACGCUGUCCGUCGCUACUUUGAAUCAAAAAGUGAAAGAGCGUAAAAUCCCCAUGUGUCAAUGGCCACUUUUCAUAUACAAUGAGUUUGAGAAUGAGGUGGGCAAGUCGAAGGUGUAA